AUGAGCCAGAGGAACUCAACAGUGCCAGCUGAAUUCAUUCUGACAGAAAUCACAUACAAGCCUGAGCUGCAGCUUCUUGUUUUGGGGGUCAUCCUAGUCAUCUACGGAGUCGCCGUGAUAGGCAACCUGAGCCUCAUCAUUUUGACCAAGCUGGACUCUCACCUUCACACACCCAUGUAUUAUUUUAUCAGACACUUGUCUUUCAUUGAUCUUGGUAACUGUACUGUCAUUUACCCCAAGAUGAUGAUGAAUUUAGUAGAGGAUCAAAAUGUCAUUUCCUACUAUGCUUGUGCGACACAGAUGGCGUGCUACAUUGCUUUUAUUAUCAGUGAACUUUUUAUGUUGUCUGUAAUGGCUUAUGAUCGCUAUGUGGCCAUCUGCAAUCCUCUGCUCUACAGUGUGAUCAUGUCUGAGAGACGCUGCCAUGUGCUGGUGAGCAUCCCAUAUCUCUAUAGUAUCUUCCAGGCUGUGAUGAUAACUAGUAAGAUUUUUACCUCAACUUUCUGCGGAUCUAAUGUCAUUCGCCAUUUCUACUGUGACAAUGUCCCUGUGUUACCAUUACUGUGUUCAAAAGCACGGGAUAUAGAAUUGAUGAUCAUAUUAUUAUCAGCACUCAAUUUGAUCUCCUCCCUCUUCAUUAUCUUAGUCUCUUACCUUCUGAUUGUAUUGGCCAUAUACGGGAUACAUUCGGCCGAAGGAAGAAAAAAGGCUUUCUCGACUUGUGGUUCUCAUCUGACUGUCGUGGUAGUAUUUUAUGGGACUCUGCUUUUCAUGUACUUACAGCCCAAAUCCACCCACUCCUUUGAAACAGAUAAAAUAGCCUCGGUGUUUUAUACUUUAGUGAUUCCCAUGCUUAAUCCCUUGAUCUACAGCUUUAGAAACAAAGAAAUGAGAAAUGCCAUUCGAAGAGUCUUGAAGAACUGA